AUGGCGACAACAUACAAGGUGCUCGUGGCUGGGUGCAGCUAUGCUGGCUUGUCCGCAAGCGUACACCUUCUUGACCAGUGCGACACCAUGAGCUCACCAAUCUCGGUGGAAAUAACGAUAGUGGAUGAACGUGACGGCUUCUAUCAUCUCAUCGGCUCGCCCCUUGCGCUGGCCGACAGCAAAUUCGCCGAGAAGGCCUGGGUCGAAUUCAAGGACAUUAAGGCCUUGCAACGACCAAACGUCACCUUUGUCCAGGGGUCGGUCAACAAUGUCGACUGUUUCAACAAGACCGCCACGAUUCUCGAGCGGGAAACACAAAAGACGAGGACGGAGACAUAUGACUACUUUGUAACCGCCACUGGCCUGCGAAGACCGUGGCCAGUAGUACCGCAGGCUGCGACCCGCAAGGAGUAUCUCGAGCAAGCCAACAAGCACAUCGACUCCGUGUACAGCAACACAGCCCCAGUACUGGUAGUCGGAGGCGGAGCCGUGGGUAUCGAGAUGGCCGCCGAGCUCAAGCACGUCAAGCCCGACCUCCGCGUGAUCCUCGCGCACUCGCGCUCGCAGCUCAUGUCCGCCGAGCCGAUCCCGGACAGCGCGCGGGAAUGCGUCCUCGACGCGGUGGUCCGCGGCGGCGUCGAGGUGCUCCUGAACCACAGGCUCAAGUCUCAGACUCCCGUCACCACGCCCGCAGGCGCGCCGGCCCAGCAGGUCGAGUUUGAGAACGGCCACACCAUGCUCGCGAGCGAGGUCAUCUUCGCCGUGUCCAAGAGCAUCCCGUCCACGACGUUCCUCCCCGUCGACGCGCUCAGCGAGGACGGCUAUGUCAAUAUCCUGCCCAGUCUCCAGUUCCAGCCUUUCCCGAGCGGAGGCGAGACUGCCCCCACCACAAGCAUCACGAGGCGCCACUUUGCCGUCGGAGACGUCAUCAACUGGUCCGGCAUCAAGCGCUGCGGCGCGGCCAUGCACACGGGCAAGUUCGCGGGCCUCAACAUGUACCACCUCAUGCUGGAGGACGUGACGGGCAAGGCGCCCGAGCUGUUUGAGCUCGACCCGAUCCCGCCGAUGAUUGCGAUCGCCGUGGGCGGCGAGGCCGUCGCGUACGGGCCUGAGGGGAUGAGCCACGGCCCGCAGAUCAUGAGGUCGUACUUUGAGGAGGAUCUGGGCUUCAGGAUCUGCUGGGACCACAUGCGUCUUGGAGAGGUCAAGGCAUGA